AAACAAACCCCUGAAUUUGGAUAACAGUAUCGAAGGGAGUGAGAAAUCAAGCUAAAAAAAUGGCGUCCUGCUUUUCAGUGGGAACAACUCUGUGUUACAGAGGGAGCACACCUUCAGCUUCACUUUCGCUAGCUUCAAGAACUGCUACUUCUCUUUCACUCAACGCCAGACCUAAGGCGCAGAUUUCUUCUGGCCCUCUCCAUUCCGCCUUCACGCCAUCAUCUCUUUCCCUCUCUUCCGCUUCUUCCUUCUCAGGAUUGUCAUUGGGGCUAUGUCUGAGUGCCAGCAUUGGCAAGGCAAGUGAGAAGAGGCGCGGGCUAGUUGUGCGCGCAUCCAAAUACUUGCUGUGCCAAACCAAGAGGAACAGAUCACGAAAAUCGCUGGCUCGAACGCAUGGCUUCCGCAAGCGUAUGAGCACCACCAGUGGGAGAGCACUCAUCAAGCGCAGACGCGCCAAAGGCCGCUGGAAGCUCUGCACAAAAACAAACCCCAGCAGCGGCAAACGAGCCUGAUCUCAUCACUAGUUUGUUCCUUUCUCUCAAAUCCACCUAUAGCUAAUUCCACUAUUUUGGUGUAUCCUCUGAGUUGUUUGUUGUGGGGCUAUUUCUAGAUUCUAUUCUAGUUUACUCUAAAUUGUGCCUCAACAAGCCAGCUUGAUGAUCUUGCAACCUAGCUGGUUUUGGACUUGAUAUUUGAUCAUUUCUAUUCAUUGCCAUUCAGUUA